AUGUGGGACAACCGUGUCGCUACUACACCUGGCGUCCCCAAAUGGGACGACUCUGUAACGGUUCAUAACAUGUUCUUGACAAAAGAGGGUGGUCCAAAAAAAGUACCUGCUCUGAACAAAUCUUACAAGGAGUGGGACUGUACAGCUUUGUUCAAAGCCACUCUCUUUGCUCAAACUUUUGCCAUGCCAGACGGGACUGGAGGUGUUAGCACGUUAGACAGGCUUUACUUGAAACCACGUGCUUUAUCAGCCGGGACAUUUCAUUCUCCUGUUAGGAGUGCCACUGGAAACCAAGCUGAGACGUACGCGUUAGCUUUGGAUCAACUUCGCCGGCUGCGAAACGAACUUUGCCACCAGACUAGUACACGGGAGAUUGAGAAGGCCACCUUUGAUAACUAUAUAAUACUGGCAAAAGAUGCCUUUACCGCACUUGGACAAAACACCACCAAGAUCGAUGAGAUCGGAAAGCUGGAUGAAGAAGAUUUUCCCACUGCAAGGCUUAAACAAGUGGAAGACGAGUUAAAGAGGGAAAAAGAUGCUGCAGUCAAGUUUAAACAGAUCGACGAUCACCUUGUCAAGAUCGAAUCACAAACAGAAGUGGAACAUGUCGGGUCAGACGUGAAAGAUGUCAAGACAGAAGUAACAGAUGUAAAGACACAAGUGCAAGAUGUCCGAGUGGACGUGAAUGAUGUCAAAACUGAAGUAACAGAUGUCAAGACACAAGUAGAAGUUGUCGGGGUAGACGUGAAAGAUGUCAAGACUGAAGUAAUAGAUGUCAAGACACAAAAAACUGAAGUAACAGAUGUCAAGACACAAGUGAAAGAUGUCGGGGCAGACGUGAAAGAUGUCAAAACUGAAGUAACAAAAACUGAAGUAACAGAUGUCAAGAUACAAGUGAAGGAUGUGAAGACUGAAGUAACAGAUGUCAAGACACAAGUGAAAGAAAUCGGAGCAGACGUAAAAGAAUUAAAGGCAAACUUUGCCCACAUACAACAACCAAUGCAAGAGGAUGGCUCAAAAGGUCCAUUGUUUCCAUACACCUGCAUGCCUGAUAAGAUACCACACUUUAUUGGUCGCCAAAAAGAGUGUCAAGUAAUCCUGGAUCAUUUAACAAAUGGAGGUACUCGACUGGUUGAUGUCUGGGGUCCUCCUGCAUUUGGCAAGACGUCAGUGGCCAUUAACGUGGCACAUCAAUUGCGAGAGAUGGAGAUUCCAGUAUUCUUUGCAUCCCUUCGUGGAAUGACAAGGAAAGACGAUCUGGUGUCAAAGCUCCUUAGCAUGUUUGCAGAUGCUCAACAGGUGUUUCAUGUGUCACCGUCUCACUGGCUCAUCCAAUGUUUACAACAGCUGCGGAAUCCUUUCGUUUUAGUUCUGGAUAAUGCUGACGACUUACUGGAAUCUGGAGAUGCCGAACUGAAAGAAGACGUGCUAAGAUUUGUGGAGGAGAUUCUCACCACGUGCAGUCACAUCAAGCUUCUCUUCACUACACGUGAAUCUCUAGAUUACCUGAACCAUAAGAUUCCUAUGCAUAAUGAGAGAGUUGGUGUCCUGGAUGUAGCAUCCUCGGUCAGUUUAGUGCACUCCCUAUUGCCAAGUGUCUCAGACGAUAAUUGCAGAAGCAUAGUCAGGGUAUGUGGACAGGUUCCUCUGGCAGUGCGAUUGAUGUGUAGCAUUAUGAGAGAAGAAAAUGUUUCCCUUAACGAACUUCUAGAAGAACUGACGAUUUCACCCAUUGUUGAAGUUUUGGACAGCGAGAGUUUUCCUGAAGACGCUCGUCUCAAGACCAUAAUUAACAAGUCGUUCGAAAGACUCACUGGCCAUGAGAGAGCUGCAUUUGUGUCGCUGGUUGUUUUCCCUGGGUCAGUUGCAACAGAAGAAGCAACAGCCGUUUUAGAUUGGGAGACUCUAAGACAAACCAAAAAAGUCAUUCGAUCGCUGCAAAGAAGAUCUCUAGUAGAUUGUAGUGAAGACUUUUCAACUUUUACAAUUCACUCGCUUCUCAGAUCAUUCAUUGAUGAAAGAAGAAGAACUGACCAAGAAACGGGAGCUAUAUUUCUUGCAGCUCAGCAUCGCUUUUACAGCCAUCACAUCUCUCGUUUUGAAAUGGCUAAUGAGACAUUUUUAACUGGCCAAUCUAAUGAAGCGUUGGUGGCGUUUCUCAAGAACAGGGAUAGUAUUAUGUUAUCCCUCAUCAAUGGACCAGGUGAUAACAAGCUGUAUCCUAAAGCUGUGGAAGUGUUGUCCAAGGCAGAACUAUUUCUCUUUGCUCUGUUGCCAGUUGAAAAGUCAUUGUUCACGACAAUUUAUGACACAGCGGUGAAAGAGGCACAGAAAAGGCAAGAAGUGAACGAUGAAUGGAAGUUGUUGGCGGCCAAAUCGUUUAGCCAUUGGGGUUGGUUCUCUUCAGAUCAUCAAACCUGUGAUGAUUCCUUUCCGGCAGGCCUCACCGAUUCUGCUGAUUGUCCAGCAAAGUUUUUGUGCUAUUUUGGCAUUUACCAGUUACUCUGUGGUAAGCUGGACGAAGGAAUAUCGUCACUUCAGUGUGCAGUGUAUUCUCUAAGUAGCAGUUGUGAUGAGACAAUUCUGAAACAACUGGUCUAUGACGUGCUUGCAAUCAGUUACAGGAAGAAGGAGGAACAUAAAAUGGCAUCACAUUUUUCGCACCUUCAUAGAAUUAUCAGCAAGGCUAGUUCAGUAUAUGUCGGGGUUAGUAUUCCAAACGAAAUGUUGUCUUCUCUGAAGGAUAAUGCUUUCUGCCUCAUCGUAACUUUUAACCUACUCAGUUCUUUUCUAUCGGAAAGGAAAACACAGAACCCUGGUGUUUUUAACGCUAUCGGAGCUCUCUUUAAGUUCAGUUACAGUCUAAGUCUCGAGUCUUCUCUGGAGUGUUUAUCGCCGGAGCAUAUGAAGCCUUUAUUGAAAGUUAUCGAAACGAUAAGUCCGUUGAACGCAAACGAGCUGAAAGAGCAAUUGUUAAUCCCGACCAACAUGGCGAUCGCACUGGAAUCAAUGUUCAAAGCCGUCGACAAUUUUUUGCAUAUGCAUCCUUCGAGUACAACGUUGUUCCACCUCAACCAGAUAUUUGAGACGACACUGGUUGCCUUCCUUGAAAGCAUCGAGGAAAAGGACUGUGAUAUAUUUGUGAUUUGUCACCCUGCCAUACAGCUACUGAAAAAACUAUUAUGGAGUUGUGCAAAGUUAUCCGAGGGCCACCGUGAAAUAGAUUUCGAAGCGUUGGCAAGAACUUAUGACUUUAUUGGCAAAGUUCUCUACCUUACUAAGGACUACAGUAGAGCCAUUGAAUCGCAUCAGUACGCCAUUAAAGUUAGAGAAGAAAACAUUGGUGACCACGUGGACACAUCAUCAAGUCUGGCAAACAUUGGAUGUGUGCAUUUUAAGAUGAGCAAUGAAAUCGAGGGCGUUAAAUCAUUUCAAAGAGCAUUCGAGCUGAGAGAACAGUUGGGUAUUUCCGAUCACGUUGACACUGCCAAAGUUUACUGUACCCUUGGAGACAAACAUCUCGCCCUCGGUAACUACGAUAAAGCAAUUGAGGCUCACCUACAGGCCUUAAAACUUAGAAAGAAACAUCUCGGAGAGCAUCCUCUUACAGGAGCAACCUUACAUAAGAUAGCUGAAGUGUAUUACGCAAAAGGAAUUCACAGUGCUACUAGUCACUCCAAGCUUGAAACGUUUCUCCCUAUAGUAAGCUACGAAAAAGCUCUGACGUUUUGUCAACAAGCUUUGGCCAUGAGACUGUAG